CCGCGAGUCCCGAGUGAACCCGAUCAAAACGCAGUCGUCAACUCGCCAUGGCAGAAAAUCACAGUGGAUUUGUUAUCUGAUUCAGAAGCGCUAUAGCACGUACAAUUUCCAACUGUAGUAACUGUCAGAUCACGGACGCUUCCCGCACAGAGAGACGAAUUGCAUUGGAUCCGGCCAGAUCCGCAUGUCAGGGGAUCCGAGUAUGGAUUUGCUGCAGGAGUCUGGUUGGGAGGAGCUCCGCAAAGAGGCGCGCAAGAUCGAAGGCGAUCUCGACGUCAAGCUCUCUUCGUACGCUAAGCUCGGCGCUCGGUUCACUCAAGGAGGUUAUGUUGAUUCUGGCUCACCAACUCUUGGGUCGAGCCGAUCAUGGAAAUCCAUGGAAAUGGAGAUUCAGUCAUCACUUGAGAAGCUACUGGAUAUAAAUGAUGCCAUGAGCCGGUGUGCAGCAUCUGCGGCACCAACUACUUCUGUUACCCAAAAAUUGGCAAGGCACAGGGACAUACUGCAUGAGUUCACUCAGGAGUUUAGACGUAUUAAAGGGAAUAUAAGCUCAAUGAGGGAACAUGCAGAACUUCUUAGUUCUGUAAGAGAUGAUAUUAGUGAGUACAAGGCAGGGAGCAUGUCUCCAAGAAAUCAGUUAUUACGUGAGAGAGCUGCCAUACAUGGAAGUAUUUCUCAUAUUGACGAUGUGAUUAAUCAAGCUCAAACAACAAGGGCUGCCUUGGGCUCUCAGAGGGCAUUAUUUGGUGAUGUUCAAGGAAAAGUGAAGCAACUUGGUGACAAGUUCCCCGUAAUCCGUGGCCUAAUCGGUUCUAUCAGGAGGAAGAAAUCAAGAGACACUCUUAUCCUGUCAGCAGUUAUUGCAGCUUGCACACUGUUUCUCAUAAUCUAUUGGCUUUCAAAAUAGGUAGAGACGUGAUUUAUUAAUACACCAAAAAAUCAGGAGCUUAUUAUAUGUUUUGGAGAAGUUAACAUCGAUGUGUAAUCUAUGAACAAAACCAACUUCAUUCUUCAGAGGCGUUUUGUAGUUUCAUUUUUCGAUCAUCACCUAGCUUUCCAAUUCUCAAACUUGUGUAGAUCAGAUCAUGUGUUUCUCUUUCAUAACUUCCAAUUCUCAAACACUAUCAUAAAUGGAAAUUAGCCUUUUAAUUUGU